CUUCAUUCGAUAGAGAUGGCAGUUUUGAGUCUGGUACUCGUGUGCAGUUUAUUGUAUAUAGGGGCGGUAAACGGUGCCGGCUACCUGUCCAAAAGGCCUCAGUCAAGCGGGUUGUGUUAUUACGAAAAUAUCGAAGAUGCUCAUUUUAGCUACGAUAGAAAUGAUUGCGAAGGGCCAAAACAUUGGUGCAGAUUAAACGAAUGUUGGACAACUUGUGGCUCAAAACGGCGACAGUCUCCCAUUAACAUCAGAACAAGGAAGGCCAAGUCUCGCUAUAUUGAGAGCUUUGUUUUCGAAAAUACUCAUAAAAGAGUACCAGCCACGAUCUUCAAUAACGGACAUGCUCCUGAUUUCAAUGUCGCUGUGAACGAAAAUAAUGAGGAAAAUAUUAUUCUGACCAACGUCCCAGGAAGGCCCUCUAACAAAAAAUAUAUUUUCGCGCAGCUUCACGUGCAUCUAGGUCGAAAGAAGGGGAGGGGUUCAGAGCAUUCCAUAGACAGAAAGUUUUACCCCAUGGAGGCUCAUAUGGUAUUUUACGACAGUAAAUUUGACAACAUUGCAAAGGCUAAACCAGCCAAGGAUGGCUUGGUGGUCAUCGGGGUGAUGUUGAAGGUCAAAAGGAAGGAUGGGGACGAUGAUGACGAAGAGGAUGAAGACGAUGAUGACGAUGACGAUGAUGACGACGAGAGAGAAAGGGAGGGAGAUGAGAAACAUGAGCAUAAAAAGGUCUGCAAAUAUAGAGACUUCCGAUAUUUCCUGAAAAAAUGCUACAAAGGGCGAGGGCGUUGCAAAGUGAGAUUUGCUAGAAGACUGAGUUUCAUAAUGGAGAAAUAUUACAAAAAGGUCAGAGAGCAUAAACCCUCGCAUUCCCCAGAGCCGCAACACACUGUUCCCAAGGACUUAGUAUGUGGAAAACCGCCAAGCCAAGAAACUAUCGAAGAAAAAUGUAUCAAGAAGGGAAGCGAAAACAGCGACGCUGUCAGUGUAUCUUGUGGGAUCUCCCCGCAAGAUGUCCUCCCGUUUGACCAGAGAUUCUACACAUAUCCGGGAUCUUUAACCACGCCCCCCUGCUACGAAACAGUCCAAUGGAUAGUUUUUAAAUGCCCAAUCAUGGUGUCGCACAGAGCAUUUGAGGCAUUGCGACAUGUUGAAGAUUCACACGAGGAACCACUGCAUACUCUGGGGGUACGGAGACCACUACAGAAAAAUAAACUCCAGUCAGUGUAUAAAAACUUUUGAAGACGUGAUAAACAGUUAUAUAUGAAAACAGUUGAUUACGCCAAUGUACAGAAAUAUUGUGAUUAAUAAAGUAGUACCAGCUCA